UUGUUAACCUUUUGCACUGCAAAAACUGCACAUUUUUUGUUUAUUUAAAAUAAACAUGGUUAAUCUGUCAAUUCGUUUGUUUAUUAUGUUGUUCGGUUGUUUAUACAGAAAAGUUGUGUUUAUUUAUAAUGUCAAAGUGCUGUGAUAUAGUGUUGCAUACUGUGUUUCAAAGGAAAAAAACAAAAAAGUCGCUGCCCAAGCUCAGCAGCCAGGAAGAGGACGGGCACACCCCCCACUCCCAGUUUACUGGUGUAGCCCACUUCGAGCCCAUCCCACACGACCACGAUUUUUGUGAAAGAGUCGUGAUUAACGUGAGCGGUCUUCGAUUUGAGACCCAGCUGAGAACGCUGAACCAAUUUCCAGAUACGCUGCUGGGCGACCCGGCUCGCCGCAUCCGCUACUUCGAUCCACUCCGCAAUGAGUACUUCUUUGACAGAAACCGGCCCUCCUUUGACGCCAUCCUCUACUACUACCAGAGCGGCGGUCGUUUGCGACGACCCGUCAACGUGCCGCUUGAUGUGUUCUCCGAAGAGAUCAAGUUCUACGAGCUGGGCGAACUGGCCAUCAACAAGUUUAGGGAGGACGAGGGAUUCAUCAAAGAGGAGGAAAAACCGUUGCCGUCUCAAGAAUUCCAACGCAAUGUGUGGCUGUUAUUCGAAUAUCCGGAAUCGUCACAGGCGGCACGCGUCGUCGCCAUCAUAUCAGUGUUCGUUAUUCUCCUGUCCAUCGUUAUCUUCUGCCUGGAAACGCUACCCGAGUUUAAGCAUUACAAGGUGUUUAACACCACCACCAACGGCACCAAGAUAGAGGAGGACGAAGUGCCAGACAUAACGGACCCGUUCUUCCUCAUAGAGACCAUUUGUAUUAUUUGGUUCACGUUCGAAUUGUCCGUGCGCUUCCUAGCGUGUCCAAACAAGCUACACUUUUUCCGAGACGUCAUGAACUUUAUCGACAUCAUCGCCAUCAUUCCGUACUUUAUUACCUUGGCCACCGUCGUGGCAGAAGAGGAGGACACGUUAAACCUGCCUCGCGCGCCUGUCAGUCCGCAAGAUAAAAGCACCAAUCAGGCGAUGUCGCUCGCCAUCCUUCGUGUAAUUCGGCUUGUGCGAGUCUUCCGAAUCUUUAAACUCAGCCGGCACAGUAAAGGACUGCAAAUCCUCGGCCGCACGCUCAAGGCCAGUAUGCGCGAGUUGGGUUUACUCAUCUUCUUCCUAUUUAUAGGUGUGGUGCUCUUCAGCAGCAUUGUGUACUUCGCGGAAGCUGGCACCGAGAAGUCCUUCUUCAAGUCGAUACCGGACGCCUUCUGGUGGGCCGUGGUGACGAUGACCACCGUCGGCUACGGCGACAUGAGGUACAAUUGCUCAAUGAAUGCACUCAUCCCUCCUCCUCCUUACAGGUGUCGUGCUCUUCUCGAGUGCCGUCUACUUCGCGGAGGCGGGCUCCGAGAAUUCCUUCUUCAAGUCCAUCCCAGACGCGUUCUGGUGGGCAGUGGUCACCAUGACAACCGUCGGCUACGGCGACAUGACGCCGGUCGGUGUCUGGGGCAAGAUAGUGGGUUCGCUGUGCGCCAUUGCAGGUGUGCUGACCAUAGCCUUGCCAGUGCCAGUGAUAGUUUCCAAUUUCAAUUACUUCUACCAUCGUGAGACGGACCAGGAAGAGAUGCAGUCGCAGAACUUUAACCAUGUGACCAGCUGCCCUUACCUGCCAGGCACUUUAGGCCAACAUAUGAAGAAGAGCUCUUUAAGUGAAUCCUCCAGCGACCUGGUUGAGCUUGAAGAAGGAUUGCUGGUGACGCGGGACCAGCUGCUACGAAAGCAGAACUGCAACCCGCGACACAACAACAAUAUCAACGCCAUGAGCAUCGAGACUGACGUUUGACUACGAGUGACGGACGCCCUGCACCUUUUAACGCUUCGCACAGUUUGCCGUGGUCACGAGGGGCUGCUGCUGCGUCGCCCUGUGAGGCUUCCAUCUCGCCAAGCACCCGACUCGAGCCGAAGUGAGACAAAGACGAAGACGAAGCACCUUUGGACGGCAUCGGAGAUCGACGAGCGAGCAACGCAACGCGCGACGCGCGCCCGCACCGAACGCGACAGAUCACGCGAAUGUUACAGUGCAGUGCUCCGGACGCUUACCGAACUGUUACAUCAAAUUCACAGGACCUUUUUCUCGGUACUUUUGUAUUACCAUAACGAUUGUUUUUGGGUGAGAUAUCCUGCCAAACAUAUAACAUAAUUAUUACAUUAAAUGGUAGUGGCGCGGCGCAGUCCAACACUCUGCACUUUGUUUUCAAAACAACAAUUUUAACAUGUUUUAAGACUUUUUAUAAAAAAACUCGAUGUGUUCUUUUGGUUUAGUUGUAAAAAUAUUACACUAUUUAUCAAUCAAGUACCAUCCAAAAGUGCAAUUUAUACUUAAAUCCUAUUAAUAUUAUGAAAAUAAAAUAACUAAAGCUUUAUACAACUGAAGCUUAUCCCUAAGAACACAUUUUUUAAAACAAAUCCUCCAUUUUUAUGGAAAUCCACAAAUAUCUACUUUGCAUUUUACAAAUUUUAAAAACCAUAAGACUAGUUCCAUUUUUACAUCAUUUUGAUGCUUUAUAUAACUAGAAAAGCAAAUAAUUUAGAAUAGUAUUUUAAUAAUAAGAAAUUUGUAACGAGUAAAGUAAACAAAUAUUCGAUUUUAUUUUGAAUAAAAUGUACAAAUAAAAAUAUGCUUUAAAUGAUUUAAGAAAUUAAAUAGAGUAAAUAAACACCACAUUACUUUUACUUAUCUUUUUAAACAAAGCAAGUUUAAAAUUUUGUAAAUAUAAUAAUAGGAAAACAAACUUGGUCGUCAUUACCCAAUAAUUUUCCUUGAAAUGUAUUUCAAAUAAAAAGUCUAGAACAUAGAAUAUUUUAAAUAUUUUUAGCUUAUACCUAGAAAUUUCAACAGUUAAGUACCUAUGAAGAAUAACCUGUAGCUAUCUUAAGAACUACCUUUAAACAAUAAUUCUUUAAUUAAUAAUUAAAUUCAUUAUUAAAUUAAAUCAUGAUAUUUUCAAACGUCAAAUUAUCCAUCAAAAAUAAAACUGUUGUUUUGAUUACAAAGUGAAGAUUUAGAAAACCUAUUCCGCUUCACUAUGGUGAAUAAACCUAUAAAUAAUAUGAAAGUAACUUAUAAUAAUAAUAAUGAUAACGUAAUACUUAAUAAUGAGUAACCAAAGCAGUAACGCCAUCUUGAAUUGCAUAGGCGCGAGACGCCAUACCGAAAUAACGCAGAGCCACAAGUCUGGAUAAUUUAGAGGCAAGUUAAAGUUUAAAAGGCUUCGUGAUAAUAAAAUAGCAAAUAAAAAACAAAUAAAACAAGAUUUAUUAGUAAUGGCAAUAUUAAAGUUUUUAAUUUGUAGCAAUGUUCUACCAAAAUUAUUAAAAAUGUACCUAUUCAAUAUUUAUUAUAUUCAUUUAGACAUCUUCUAAAAAUUUAAUAUUUAAAUCAUUUCAGAAACACCCAACUUACAAAGUUAUUUUAAAUUUUAUCACAAUUUUAAAAUCCAGUCUCAUAAGAACAUAAUAUUUAU